AUGCCGUCGAUGUCUUUCCUCGCCUCCUGGCGCACCGUCGCCCUUGUCUUUGCCCUGAUCAACCUCAAAGCCCUUCCUUUAGCGUGGCACUUCCGACUCUUCUACCACAUGUUCACCAACUGGUACACACAAGCCAGAGUCCCGAGCACAAUCAAAGCCAACGCCGAGUCCAAUAAGAUGCACGCUCUCUUUGGCUCGGUAUCGAUAUUCUCCCACUCCCCUUUCCUCGAGAUAGACUACAACCUCCACAAGAGCAACAGUACAUACUUCACGGACCUCGACGAAAGCCGUACGGCACUGAUGACCAAAGUCCUGAUUCCAAGCCUGAAGCAGGGCGCCAAAAAUUUGGAGAAAGAAGGCCAUAAAGGACGGCUAGGUGUGGUCCUCGGCAGCGUCCACACAUCGUUUCACCGCGAGAUCAAACCUUACGAACGCUACGAGGUCCGUUCACGCGUGCUUGGCUGGGACAAGAAAUGGAUAGUGAUUGGGAGCUGGUUCAUACGGCCUGCUCAAAGUGAAAGGGGGAAAGAGGUCGUGCUCGCGUCCGCGCUGAGCAAGUACGUCGUGAAAAAGGGCCGCUUCACCGUGUCCCCUGAGCGCUGCUUCAUGACCGCAGGUUGGCUACCGCCCAAGCCGGAAAAUUGCAACUCAGGAGCCGGCCAGACACGAGAGAGUUCCGAAGAUUCAGAAACACAGCUCCAACUCCCGCCCCAUUCAGGCUCAGGCGUCUCAUCUGAACCAUCUCCGAUUCCGACGCCCGAAGGCCUCCCCGCUCCUGUCCGAGAACAAGCGUCCCAGACAAUGCCGCUUGAGCCUCUACUGCCGCUGGCCGUGCGCGACAAGGUUGCCGAAUGGGACUGGCAUCGCAUCGAGAUGGAGCGCAUCCGCGGCCUGCGCAUUGCAGACAAUUGGCUCGCGCUGGACAAGGAGUUGCUGGACGAAUAUGCACGUGGCGAGCGACCACCCGAAUUUGGCUGCGAUAGCAUUCGCUGUGGCGAUUUGUGA